UUUUUUUGUGAUUUGUUUUCUUAGAGCCUCCCUUCGGGGGGCUUCUCCCCCCACCCCUCUCUGUUUGGAGGCUGGACACGGUGUAAGGCUUCAGGCUCCUGGGGGGCUUUUUUUUCUCUCCUCUUCCCCCUUAGCCCCCCCCCCAUCUUUUGCUUCUCAUAUGUGUGCAUUUUUGAAUAUAAAUCCUGAUUUUUGAAGCUGAGCCUGGGAAAAUGGGCAACGGUGAUUGGGACCGAAGGGGAGUCUCUCCGUCACUGUUGCUGGGACGCGUGCCUGUGCUGGUGUCUUAGAGCAAGAGCCUCCCUGAGCUUUCGGAGUGGAAGAACAGUGGAAGAGACUGCAGCCUAAAGACUUUUAAUGUUAACUUGGCAUCACUUUUAUCAGCUCAAAGGCUAAACAAAAAAAGCAGUGUCAUUUAUUCUAAGAAAUAACUUCUUAAAGGUUAAAGCUGAAAAAUAUUCAAGUUAUUUUUGGAUAACAACUUACAGAGGCCAAAUGACAUAGGAUGAAGGCUGUUCGUAACCUGCUGAUUUAUAUAUUUUCCACCUAUCUCCUGAUUAUGUUUGGAUUUAAUGCUGCCCAAGACUUCUGGUGUUCAACUUUGGUGAAGGGAGUCAUUUAUGGAUCGUAUUCUGUAAGUGAAAUGUUUCCCAAAAACUUUACAAACUGCACUUGGACGCUGGAAAAUCCAGAUCCAACCAAAUAUAGCAUUUACCUGAAAUUUUCCAAAAAGGACCUUAGCUGCUCUAACUUUUCCCUCCUGGCUUAUCAGUUCGAUCAUUUUUCCCAUGAAAAAAUAAAGGAUCUUUUGAGAAAGAAUCAUUCUAUAAUGCAACUCUGCAAUUCCAAGAAUGCUUUUGUUUUUCUACAAUAUGAUAAAAAUUUUAUUCAAAUACGUCGGGUAUUUCCAACCGAUUUCCCAGGAUUACAGAAAAAAGGGGAAGAAGAUCAGAAAUCUUUUUUUGAGUUUUUGGUGUUGAACAAGGUGAGCCCAAGUCAGUUUGGUUGUCAUGUAUUAUGCACUUGGUUGGAGAGCUGCUUAAAAUCAGAAAAUGGGAGAACAGAAUCAUGUGGGAUUAUGUAUACAAAAUGCACCUGCCCUCAGCAUUUGGGAGAGUGGGGGAUCGACGACCAGUCGCUGGUCAUGUUAAAUAACGUGGUGUUACCCCUGAAUGAGCAGACCGAGGGCUGCCUGACCCAGGAGCUGCAAACCACUCAAGUCUGCAAUCUUACCAGGGAGGCCAAGCGACCACCCAAAGAAGAAUUUGGAAUGAUGGGAGAUCAUACAAUUAAAAGUCAGCGACCUCGAUCUGUUCAUGAAAAAAGGGUCCCUCAGGAACAAGCUGAUGCUGCUAAAUUUAUGGCACAAACUGGUGAAUCUGGUGUGGAAGAGUGGUCCCAGUGGAGCACAUGCUCAGUUACUUGUGGUCAAGGGUCGCAGGUGCGAACCAGAACUUGUGUAUCACCUUACGGGACACACUGCAGCGGCCCAUUAAGAGAAUCAAGGGUUUGCAAUAACACUGCUCUCUGUCCAGUACAUGGAGUUUGGGAGGAAUGGUCACCAUGGAGUUUGUGUUCAUUUACAUGUGGUCGAGGCCAAAGAACCAGAACAAGGUCGUGCACACCUCCUCAGUAUGGAGGAAGGCCAUGCGAAGGACCUGAAACACAUCAUAAGCCUUGUAAUAUUGCUCUCUGUCCAGUUGAUGGGCAGUGGCAGGAAUGGAGUCCGUGGAGCCAGUGCUCUGUGACAUGCUCAAAUGGGACCCAGCAGAGAAGUCGGCAGUGCACUGCAGCUGCUCAUGGGGGCUCCGAAUGCAGAGGGCCUUGGGCAGAAAGCAGAGAGUGCUAUAACCCCGAGUGCACAGCCAAUGGUCAGUGGAAUCAGUGGGGCCAUUGGAGUGGAUGUUCCAAGUCCUGCGACGGUGGCUGGGAAAGGCGAAUAAGGACGUGUCAGGGUGCAGCAAUAACUGGGCAGCAGUGUGAAGGAACAGGGGAAGAAGUGAGAAGAUGCAGUGAGCAGCGAUGCCCUGCACCUUAUGAAAUAUGUCCAGAGGAUUAUCUGAUGUCUAUGGUAUGGAAAAGGACUCCAGCAGGCGACUUGGCAUUCAAUCAAUGCCCACUAAAUGCCACAGGCACCACUAGCAGACGCUGCUCUCUCAGUCUUCAUGGAGUGGCCUUCUGGGAACAGCCAAGCUUUGCAAGAUGCAUAUCAAAUGAGUACAGACACUUGCAGCAUUCAAUUAAAGAACACCUUGCGAAGGGGCAGCGAAUGUUAGCAGGUGAUGGAAUGUCCCAGGUGACCAAGACACUGUUGGACUUAACUCAGAGGAAAAAUUUCUAUGCGGGAGAUCUUCUGAUGUCUGUGGAAAUCCUCAGAAAUGUGACAGACACGUUUAAAAGGGCUAGUUACAUCCCUGCAUCUGAUGGUGUCCAGAACUUCUUUCAAAUAGUUAGCAACCUUCUAGAUGAAGAAAACAAGGAAAAAUGGGAAGAUGCACAACAGAUUUAUCCAGGCUCGAUAGAGUUAAUGCAGGUGAUUGAAGAUUUUAUACACAUUGUUGGAAUGGGGAUGAUGGACUUUCAGAAUUCAUACUUAAUGACUGGAAAUGUAGUGGCUAGCAUUCAGAAGCUUCCUGCAGCCUCUGUUCUAACAGACAUCAACUUCCCGAUGAAAGGACGGAAGGGAAUGGUUGACUGGGCAAGAAACUCAGAAGAUAGGGUAGUCAUUCCAAAAAGUAUUUUUACUCCUGUGUCAUCAAAAGAAUUAGAUGAAUCAUCUGUGUUUGUUCUUGGAGCAGUCUUAUACAAAAACUUAGAUCUAAUUUUGCCCACUUUAAGAAAUUAUACUGUUGUUAAUUCCAAAAUCAUCGUGGUCACAAUAAGGCCUGAACCCAAAACAACUGAUUCGUUUCUGGAGAUAGAAUUAGCUCAUUUGGCUAAUGGUACUUUGAAUCCUUAUUGCGUCUUGUGGGAUGACUCAAAAACAGUCUCAGGAGAGCUCGUUUGACUGUUCUACCAUGUGAGGACACACAGAAGGCACCAUCUAUGAGGAAUAAGCUCUU